CGUCGUUACAAAGAAUUGGGUGAGAAAGGAUUUUUGUUCGUUGGUUCUGGCAUCAGCGGUGGUGAAGAAGGUGCACGACACGGGCCGUCGAUGAUGCCUGGUGGAGCACCUGAAGCAUGGCCACAUAUUAAGGAUAUAUUCCAGAAGGUGUCUGCAAAAGUUGGCACAGAAUCGUGCUGUGAUUGGGUUUGUUGUCUAACGCUUUUUGUUGGUUUGUUAUGCGUGAAUGAUUUCGUUUCGAAAGAAGGUCUCUGUUUAGAUGCGGAGACACCUCAUAUGCAUCCGAUCACAAUUGUUUGCGACAGUCAAAGAGCUGUUUAA